CCCUUUCAAAGUUCAUUGCCAGUUGCGCUUGGUACCUGUACCCCGCUUUCUCUUCCUAAAACAUGGAUAACGAUAAGGGAGGAAUCAUCUAAGGUUGAUGUACACUAGCUUUCCCAUUCACUUCGGUAUUUGUUCGUCAAGACUACAUAAAGAGGAGCUUGUUCGAUCAAAUCCACCAUCCCUUCUUCCUCUUUUCCAACAAAACUUUCAACUUGACUCAAUUCCACACCAAAAAACAUCACCUCAACAAACAAGACUACGAUAUCAAUACUUCAAAAUGCCUUCUAAGGAUGCUUCUGGUUCUUCCUACACUCCCUACACCGUCACUAGUAGCGGUACCAACUCUCAAGGCAACAACUACGAUACCCGUGAGCAACCCAGCGGCCCUGCUUACCACUACUCCAACUCUGAUGGUUCCUACUACUACGCCAACGGCAAUGGCUCCACCUAUCACAACUCCGGUAGUGGCUCCACUUACACCGCUCCCGAUGGCAAUGUCUACAAGAAGUAGAGGUGGUAGACCGAGAAAGCUCUUUUGGCGGUGACGGGAAAGGGCGAGGCUUAGGUGUUUAUUGCGUUGACUUUCGGUGCGCUUUUUGGGACAGCGAACAGGAUUGGCUUCGGUCGGUGACUGGAAUUGAAUGAAGACUCUUGCAGUCACAUUUCC